AUGGAUGACCUAUGGCUGCGAAAUGGUUCAAAUGCAAAUAAGAUGUUGAUGAUUCCACCUUCUCAUCCAAGCCAAUGGCCUAUGUACCCUUUAGAUAAUUCGGGACAAAUUCCCGUCAAUUUUGGCCAUAUUUCGGGAACUGCUUCUAACAACAUAACUUCUUAUGAUUCAGUUGUAACAUCAAUCUCAUGUAAUCAGCGUCAGAAUAUUCACUCAUCCUCAAUAAUUCCAAAACAUUCCGUAUCCUCUGCUGGUAAUAAUGAUCGUAACACAACGUCAUCUGCUACUACUACGAUUGCUACCACUAUCAAAAAUGUGAAGAUGGAACAAACUUUGCCUGCAAAUACCGUACGUUCUUAUUCACAUCUUAUUUAA